CAGGAAGAUACAAUGGAGAAGCUUGGUGAGAUUGUCGAAAAAUACCCUUGUGCCUUCCCUUGCUGGGUGGGGCCCUUCCAGGCAUUUUUCUUUAUCUAUGACCCAGACUAUGCAAAGACACUUCUUAGCAGAACAGAUCCCAAGUCGCAGUACCUGUACAAUUUCAUGACUCCAUGUCUAGGGAAAGGACUCCUCAAUCUAAAUGGGCCCAAGUGGUUCCAGCACCGCCACCUACUAAAUACUGGAUUCCACUGUGAUAUCCUGAAAACUCAUGUUGAGGCAAUGGUCCAUUCUGUGAACACAAUGCUGGAUAAGUGGGAGAAGAUUUGCAGUGCUCAGGAGACAACCGUGGAGGUCUUUGAGCACAUCAAUUUGAUGACCCUGGACACAAUCAUGAAAUGUGCUUUCAGCCAGGAGACCAACUGCCAGAUAAACAGCACCCAUGAUCCUUACAUAAAAGCAACGUUUGAACUCAGCAAAAUCGUAUUUUAUCGCUUGUAUAAUUUCUGGCAUCAUCAUGACAUAAUUUUCAAAUUCAGCCCUCAGGGCCACCACUUCCAGGAGUUAAGCAAAGUUCUGCAUCAAUAUACAGAAAAGAUAAUUCAGGAUAGAACAAAAUGCUUCAAGACUGGAACGAAGCAGGAUAACACUCAGAAGAAGUAUCAAGAUAUUCUGGACAUUGUCCUUUCUGCCCAGGCUGGAAAUGAGGACAGCUUCUCAGAUGCUGAUGUGCGGUCCGAAGUGAACACGUUUAUGUUGGCAGGUCAUGAUGCCUCAGCAGCCGGCCUCUCUUGGCUCCUCUAUUGCCUGGCUCUGAACCCUGAGCACCAGGAGAAAUGCCGGGAAGAGGUCAGAAGCAUCCUAGGAGAUGGAUCUUCCAUCACCUGGGACCAGCUGAGUGAGACGCCGUACACCACAAUGUGCAUCAAGGAGAUGUUCCGAUUGAUUCCCCCAGUCCCAUCCAUUUCCAGAGAGCUCAGCAAGCCCCUUACCUUCCCAGAUGGACGCUCGUUGCCUGCAGGAAUGACUGUGGUUCUCAGUAUUUGGGGUCUUCACCAUAACCCUGCUGUCUGGAAAAGCCCAAAGGUCUUUGACCCCUUGAGAUUCACUAAGGAGAAUUCUGAUCAAAGACACCCCUAUGCCUUCUUACCAUUCUCAGCAGGACCAAGGAACUGCAUUGGGCAGCACUUUGCCAUGCUCGAGUUGAAGGUGGCCAUUGCCUUGAUUCUGCUCCGUUUCAAGGUGACCCCAGACCUCACCAGGCCUCUCUCCUUCUCCAACCACAUCAUCCUCAAACCCAAGCAUGGAAUCCAUUUGCACUUGAAGAAACUCCUGGAAUGCUAG